UCAAGAAGGCGCAGGGUGGGGAACAAGGGAAGGAAGAACCCGCUGCUGCUCACUCAGUUGCUGGCUGCACCUCGGAGCAGGAGCCUCACUGCCACCAGCAUCCGGGACGAAGGUGUUUGACUGGAAAUGUUGUAAAACCUGGAUUAUGAAUGGCAAAGUCAGGGAAUGGAAGUUCAUACUCCUCUGCUGAGUUGACAAGUUUCAUCUUCAAGAAAAUUUAGAACAGAACAAAUUGACUUGUGAAGCUGUGUGCUCCUAAUCUCAGCCUCCACUGGGAACAUGUCACUAGUCCAACUUCUUAACACGUCUCCAUUCAGCCUCAUCAAAUAUGAAUCACCCUGGAUUUAAUACAUUUUGUUGAUUCCGACUUUAAGAGUUUAAGCUUAUUUUUCUAAGACAACAGAUUUACUGAUGAACUCUCAAAAGACAUCACAAGUUGAAUUACUUGGGGUCAUUUUGUUAUCUGUGACGUAUCCAACAAACUUUAGAAAGAGAAACUGUGAGUGGCUGGAAUUAAUUCCCUGAAGCAUGUUGACAGUGAGAACUUUUCUCCUACAUGUUACUACUCCAUUUCCAAACAUCUCUUUAUAAAAAAUGGCAGAAAACAUUUAGAUUAUUUUUAAACCUGUUUUUUAGGAUCCAAAAAGAUACCCUCAUCUGAGGGAUUAUUUUGAUGGACUUUGCCAGGCCAGCUCUGAAUAGUAAAGUCUUUAGUAAUCGGCAAGAUGUCCACUAAGGUCCCAAUCUACCUGAAAAGAGGCAGUAGGAAGGGCAAGAAGGAAAAACUCCGAGAUAUCCUUUCUUCUGAUAUGAUCAGCCCCCCCUUGGGAGACUUCAGACACACUAUUCACAUAGGGAGUGGUGGGGAGAAUGAUAUGUUUGGGGAUAUUUCUUUCUUGCAAGGGAAAUUCCACCUUCUACCAAGGACUGAAGGUAGCCUAGAUUCUGACAGGGGCAGCCACUGUGGAGUGCCAUUUGAGUUCUCAAGGACUGCUACUAUCUCUGGUCAUGAGCAACCAUUUUCUGAAGCUCCCUCGCCACUCUUAAAGAAUGCCAUCUCACUGCCUGUCAUUGGGGGUCCACAGGCUCUAAUGUUGCCCUCUACCCAGGCCCCACCAAAGCCACCAAGGCUGCACCUUGAUGAUAAAGUUCAACCAGCUCUGCAAGGCAAGGAAGCUGUGGCAGAACUGACUUCAUCCAAGGACAGCAGGACUUCUGAACCUAUCCCUCAUCUCUGCAGCCCCAAUGAGCUGUUUGCCAUCCCUCAGAAUGGGUUUGUUGAAGAGAAAAAUAAGAAUGAGUCCUUUAUGUCCCAUGCUGGUUCCCUGCUCUCCCUCCAUGUGGAUCUGGGGCCUUCUAUCUUGGAGGAUGUCCUUCAGGUCAUGGAUAAACACCAAGCUGGGAAAGUGAUACAAGAUUCUGGCAGGCAAGAAAUCCUGACAUGAAAACUAAAGGGACUUCCGUGGGGAAAGACUUUAAAAUGUAGAGUUUUGUAGAUAAGAAUUUUUCCCCCAAUGUGGAAUAUGGUUAACUGGGCCAGCUUGAAUUAGUGAAUUUUAUCCUGUGUGGAAUCCCAAUUGCGCAUCUUAUAGUAAUAGGGUAUUAAGCUUUUAGGAGUGUGUUGCUUACUUUCACCAAUGCCCAUCAUACUGACGUUUUUUUUUAUGUUGCUUUCUGCAGGCCUUUGAAUGCUGCUCAGUACUGAAAAAUGUAUGAAACUAAGAUAAGUUCAGUAGCAGCAAUAAAUUGCCACUUAGCAAUAAGACCUCUAACUUUACUGAUAUGAAUAAAUUUUAAGGGAUAUGACAUUUUUUUAAAAGGACUGUGUCAUUUUAAACUAUUUGUAGUGGGUGUGGUGUGAAUAAUGCUGUGGAAUAUCAAGAGUUUAAUUCAAAAGGAUCCUGGUUCAGAUUGAGAGACUAUUUUACACAGAACUUUGUUAAAGUAGAGCCUGUGAGAGAUGCCAUAUUGCUGAGGUCCUUGUUAAAGGAAAAAAAGAUGUAGACUGGAAUAUAA